AUGGCGAAGAGCGAGGGUCCGGCGAUCGGGAUCGAUCUCGGCACCACCUACUCGUGCGUCGGCGUGUGGCAGCACGACCGGGUGGAGAUCAUCGCCAACGACCAGGGCAACCGCACCACGCCGUCCUAUGUCGCCUUCACCGACACCGAGCGGCUCAUCGGCGACGCCGCCAAGAACCAGGUCGCCAUGAACCCCACCAACACUGUCUUCGAUGCCAAGCGGUUGAUCGGCAGGAGGUUCUCUGACCCGUCAGUGCAGAGUGACAUGAAGCUAUGGCCGUUCAAGGUCAUCCCAGGCCCUGGUGACAAGCCCAUGAUUGUAGUCAACUACAAGGGUGAGGAGAAGCAGUUCGCUGCAGAAGAGAUCUCCUCCAUGGUGCUCAUCAAGAUGAGGGAGAUUGCCGAAGCCUACCUCGGCUCUACGAUCAAGAACGCAGUGGUGACGGUGCCGGCCUACUUCAACGACUCGCAGAGGCAGGCCACCAAGGACGCCGGUGUCAUUGCGGGCCUCAAUGUGUUGCGUAUCAUCAACGAGCCUACUGCCGCUGCUAUUGCCUACGGCCUUGACAAGAAGGCCACCAGCUCUGGCGAGAAGAACGUGCUCAUCUUCGACCUUGGUGGUGGCACGUUUGAUGUGUCGCUCCUCACCAUCGAGGAGGGCAUCUUCGAGGUGAAGGCCACUGCAGGUGACACUCACCUUGGAGGUGAGGACUUCGACAAUCGCAUGGUGAACCACUUCGUCCAAGAGUUCAAGCGCAAGCAUAAGAAGGACCUCAGCGGCAACCCCCGUGCACUGCGCCGGCUGCGCACGGCGUGCGAGCGCGCCAAGCGCACGCUGUCAUCGACGGCCCAGACGACUAUUGAGAUCGACUCCCUGUUCGAGGGCAUCGACUUCUACACCACGAUCACCAGGGCUCGCUUCGAGGAGCUCAACAUGGACCUGUUCCGAAAGUGCAUGGAACCUGUGGAGAAGUGCCUGCGCGACGCCAAGAUGGACAAGAGCAGCGUGCACGACGUCGUGCUCGUAGGUGGCUCGACCCGCAUCCCCAAGGUGCAGCAGCUGCUGCAGGACUUCUUCAACGGCAAGGAGCUGUGCAAGAGCAUCAACCCCGAUGAGGCUGUGGCGUACGGCGCGGCUGUCCAGGCCGCCAUCCUCAGCGGCGAGGGCAACGAGAAGGUGCAAGACCUGCUCCUGCUCGACGUAACGCCACUGUCACUCGGCCUGGAGACUGCAGGUGGCGUCAUGACGGUCCUCAUCCCGAGGAACACCACCAUCCCGACCAAGAAGGAGCAGGUCUUCUCCACGUACUCCGACAACCAGCCGGGCGUCCUGAUCCAGAUCACGGUCACCUUCGACAUCGACGCCAACGGCAUCCUCAACGUCUCUGCCGAGGACAAGACCACUGGCCAGAAGAACAAGAUCACGAUCACCAACGACAAGGGCAGGCUUAGCAAGGAGGAGAUUGAGAAGAUGGUGCAGGAGGCUGAGAAGUACAAGGCCGAGGACGAGGAGGUCAAGAAGAAGGUGGACGCCAAGAACACGCUCGAGAACUACGCCUACAACAUGAGGAACACCAUCAAGGAUGACAAGAUCGCCUCCAAGCUCCCGGCGGAGGACAAGAAGAAGAUUGAGGACGCCGUCGAUAGUGCUAUCAGCUGGCUGGACAGCAACCAGCUGGCUGAGGUCGACGAGUUCGAAGACAAGAUGAAGGAGCUUGAGGGGAUCUGCAACCCCAUCAUCGCGAAGAUGUACCAGGGCGCUGGCGCGGGCAUGGGCGAUGCUGCUGGCAUGGAUGAGGACGCCCCGUCUGGUGGGAGUGGUGCUGGUCCCAAGAUCGAGGAAGUCGAUUAG